AUGGAUGACUUAUUAACUGGAAACGUGAAUACUACAACAGAAUUCUCUAGCAAUGUUGGGCGGCAAACAACCACAGUUCUAUCUAAAUGUAAGAUUUGUGAUGCUCCUGCCCGGUAUUCUUAUUAUGGUGUUAUUGUCUGUCAUUCAUGCAAGAUGUUUUUUAAAAGAAAUGCCGAAAAUGGACAAGAAGUAUUGACAUGUCAUUUUGGCUAUAAAUGUGAUAUCAAUAUGAAUAGUCGUCAUACCUGUGCUUCAUGCAGACUUACGAAAUGUUUAAUUAACGGAAUGCGUAUUGAAAUGAUUCGAGCUUCUCGGUGCAAAAGAACCAAGAGAAACAAUAAAAGAAAAUUGAACAUUGAUUCAAUCGCAUUAUUAUCUAUGUCGUCGAACAAUACAGAUCCAACUAGUCAGAAUCCAACGUCGAAUCUGCUCGACUCUAAUCAAUCAACUUUGAGUAUUGAUAAAUGGAAUGUCUUAUCAAAUUUAGUUCGAUGCUUCGAUGAAAAUAGUGGCUGUAAAUUUGUCGCAGAUUUUAUCGAAGAACAAAGUGCCUUACCUCUUAAAUUACGAUUCAAAUAUUCAUCAGUGAAUCCAUUUUUUACAUCGAUGAUGAGUAAAGUUCAACUUGUAUUCGAAAAAAAUCGCGAUUUCCUCUUAUUAUCUCAACAUGAUCGUACUGUUUUACUUAAAAAUACAGUGGAGUACACAGCAACUAUUGGCGGAAUGUUUAUUUUGCGUCAAUCAAGAUUAUUAGACGACUGCAGCUUUUCUCAAUCUGCUGAGAUGAUAUUUCAACCAUCUGGAAUGAUUUUCAUUAAACGUGUUAUUGAUCAAUUUGAUUCUGAUGAUACAUUUAUUAAAUUAAUACUUGUAAUUCUUGCAUUCGCGACAAUCAAUUAUACUGUAUAUAGCAAAAAUAUUCAGAUUGAUUUGACAAAUAUGAAAGUAAUUUUACCAAUUCAAGAUAUGUAUACCGAGUUAACAUGGCAAUAUCUUGUGGACAAAUAUGGCUACCAACAAGCAGUGAAACGUUUUUCAAAUCUUUUAAAAUGCCUUUUUUCUGUAACUAAAGCCAUUGUUGAAAUACGUCGAGUACAAAAGUUUACGGAUAUUAUUAAUUCAAUUAUUGAACAGACUGAAGAAACCAUUUUUUAA